CAAAGGCCCAGCCUCUGGUUUGCAGGUUUUUGAAGCUUCACUGCACGCAUUCACCACCAACUCAAUUCAUCAUGGCCCGCAAACGCACGAAGAAGAGAACCCACGUGGGUGCCAACAACCCGGAGGUGGACGCGCCCGGCCAUGCCAACGCGCGGGACCCCAAGAGCAUGGUCAUCCGAAUUGGAGCCGGCGAAGUCGGGUCCAGCAUCAGCCAGCUCGCAACCGACGUGCGAAGGGUCAUGGAGCCCGGCACUGCCAGCCGAUUGAAGGAGCGUCGAGGCAACAGGCUCAGGGACUACGCCGUCAUGGCCGGUCCUCUGGGUGUCACCCACUUGAUGCUAUUUUCGCGGUCCGAGAGCGGCAACACCAACCUGCGAAUGGCCCUCGCACCUCGAGGCCCGACGCUGAACUUCCGGGUCGAGAAGUACUCACUCUGCAAGGAUGUCCAAAGGGCGCAAAGACACCCCAAGGGCGGCGGCAAGGAGUACAUCACUCCUCCUCUGCUGGUCAUGAACAACUUCACUACCCCCGGCGCCGACUCCAAAUCCAAAGUCCCCAAGCACCUCGAGUCCCUUGCCACCACCGUCUUCCAGUCCCUCUUCCCGCCCAUCAACCCCCAAGCCACGCCGCUCAAGUCGAUUCGACGAGUACUCCUCCUAAACCGCGAGGCGUCGGAGGAAGAUGAUGGCACCUUCAUCGUGAACUUCAGACACUACGCAAUCACCACACGGUCAACGGGUGUGUCAAAACCCCUGCGAAGGCUGAAUGCCGCCGAGCACUUUUUGUCGACCAAGACGAGCAAGAAAGGAAAGAUGCCCAACCUGGGCAAGCUUGAGGACAUUGCCGACUUCUUGGUUGGCGGCGACAACGGCGAUGGCUACAUGACGGAUGCGACCAGUGGAAGUGAGCUCGACACCGAUGCCGAGGUUGAGAUCCUCGAGUCUGCGCCCAGGAAAGUUCUCUCUGCCAAGGCCAGGCAAGCGGCUGCCGAGAACGACGCUGAGCCCGAGGCGGAUGACGAGAACGUUGAGCGCCGCGCCGUCAAGCUCGUUGAGCUUGGCCCCCGAAUGCGCCUGCGCUUGACCAAGGUCGAGGAAGGUCUCUGCUCGGGCAAGGUUAUGUGGCACGAGUAUGUGCACAAGAGCCAACAGGAGAUCAAGGAGCUAGAGAAGCGAUGGCAGAAGCGGAACCAGGAGAAGGAGGCGCGAAAGAAGGAGCAAAAGGACAACAUCGAGAAGAAGAAGAAGGCCAAGGAGCAGAACGGCGGCAAGGGCGACGACGAUGACGAUGCCGAUGACUACUACAGCGACAUGGAUGUGGAGGAGUUCGACAGCGAGGGAUUGGCUGGCGACGCGGAGUACAAGGUCCACGAGAAAAUGGAGGAGGACGGCGAGUGGGAGGACGAGCAAGAGGAUAUUGCCAACAAUUUCUAAAACUGUUUUCGCGGCGGUUGAUUACCAUUGGGUUGCGGUUAUGGCGUUUUACAUAUCUGGGUCUACGGGCAAUAAAUGUGUGAUUCCUCAUGAAUGAACUUGUGCUGUGUUGCUGUGUUGCUGUAUUAUUGCGGUGUGGUUAGAAGGCUGUUUGAUGGACUGUACAGCUGAUGCUUGAUAGUACACACCGCUGUUGGUUCCAGAUAAGAUCCACCUCAGAUCUUCAAAUCGAAGCAGCUCUGUCUGUUCAACACCAAGAAGAGUCAACGAAACAAAAGACAAGAUAAUGAAAC